AGAGACGGAGAGAGAGAGAGAGAGAGAGAGAGAGAGAGAGAGAGAGAGAGAGAGAGAGAGAGAGAGAGAACCACCUAGAGACGCAGAAAGAGAGAGAGGGAGAGAGAGAGAGAGAGAGAGAGAGAUGGAAGUGUGUCAAGUGCUUCAUAUGAAUGGAGGAAUUGGAGAAGCAAGCUAUGCAAGCAACUCAUCAGUACAGAAAAAAGUGAUAACUAUUACAAAACCCAUAAGGGAGCAAGCCAUAGUGGAUCUCUACAACAGCAGCAACAACCCGAAGACUCUGUGCAUCGCGGACUUGGGCUGCUCUUCCGGCCCAAAUACUUUGUUAGUGGUCUCUGAGCUCAUGGAGAUGGUCCACAUAACAUGCAAGAAACUGGCCCAUCGGACACCAGAAUUCCAAGUCUACCUGAACGACCUCCCGGGAAAUGACUUCAACACCAUUUUCAAGUCCUUGCCAGGUUUCCAAAAGGAAAUGAAAAAACAAAUGGGUUUAGGCUUUGGGCCAUGUUUCGUGACUGGAGUUCCAGGUUCUUUCUAUGAUAGGCUUUUCCCUGCCAACAGUCUCCAUUUUGUCCACUCUUCUUACAGUCUCAUGUGGCUCUCGCAGGUUCCGGCAGGGUUAGAGAGUAGCAACAAAGGAAACAUUUAUAUCGGAAGCAAUAGCCCACCAAGAGUGCUAAAAGCCUAUCAUGAGCAAUUUCAGAGAGACUUUACGCUGUUUCUGAAAUGUCGUUCCGACGAAUUGGUGACGGGUGGUCGUAUGGUUUUGACAAUAUUGGGAAGGAAAAGUGAGGAUCCAACUUCCAAAGAAGGUUGUUACAUAUGGGACCUUAUGGCCAUGGCCCUCAAUGAAAUGGUUGCAGAGGGACUCAUCGAAGAAGAAAAGAUGGAUUCAUUCAACAUUCCUCAGUACACACCAUCCCCUGCCGAAGUAAAGUCCGAGGUCCAAAAAGAAGGCUCCUUCAGGGUUGAUGGCCUAGAAGUUUCUACUGUCCCUUGGAGUGCCUGCAGAAACAAUAAAUACUACUCCUCCAAUGAGUACUUUCCAGAGGACGGAUACGAUGUUGCCAUGUGCAUGAGAUCUGUGGCUGAGUCGUUGCUUUCCAGUCACUUUGGCAACGACGUCAUAGACAAGGUUUUCCAGAGGUAUAAGGAAAUCGUUGCUGAUCGCAUGGCGAAAGAGAAGACUGAGUUCUUCAAUGUGACGAUUUCCAUGACAAGGAACUAGGAUGCAUAUAUAUGUUUGGGUCAUGGAAAUUAAUUGGCUUGUUAGAUUCCACUCUUCAAUUGUGUUUGGAUUUUUAUUGUCGAUUAGUAGUUGUGUUUAUGAUUUCUAAUGUCAUCUAGUUGUACGUUAUUUUGUGAUGGUACGUGGUUGCUUUUAAAUGUGGUUAGGUCAUUUGCGAAAAACAGCCAAAGAAUGGGGGAAAAUAAAAAUGUUGGUAUUAUUGUGAUGUUUUA